GACCGGCGGCUCAUUCCAAGUUGAUCUGUUCAGCGCACACGUUGGAGCACUUGGUGGUGACCGGGAACGAGAUCUCUCAAAGGAAAAGCCCUAUCAUCCGGACUAAAGACAGGUUUUAGGCGUAUAGCAGGAGCACCUCCCACACUGAUCACUGAUUACGGGAAUCACUCAGGAUGGUGUUCACGGAGAUGCUGAGCUUGGCAGUGGUCGUGUGCAUAUUGCCCCAGCUGGUUCUCAGCCAGAGCAGUUGCGUCAAUCCCAACGGAAAUGCAGGUCAGUGCAUAAAGUACCAGGAUUGCCCUUUCGUGCAGAGGAUCAUUGGGAUUUACGGACGAAACAUACCCAGGACCAUCCAUAACCAGAUCAGUCAGAUGCAAUGCAGGAGUGCCACAAAUAGGAAGGACUUCCACCUGUGCUGCCCCAAUGAGGCCACGCCGCAAUCGUCUUCCAACCAGGAGUCCCAGAGGAAGGUGGUGCGAUCGGAUGGUGGCAACCUGAGCCGGUAUGAUCGCCAGGGUCUGCAACUCCUGAACUCGGUGACCAACUGCGGCAACAAGGGCAACCCCAAGGUCAGCGGGGGAAAGACCGCCAAGCCCGGCGAUUUUCCCUGGGUGGCACUCCUCAAGUACAAGAUCAAUGGAGCACGGCCCUUCCUCUGCGGCGGAAGCCUCAUCAGCGAGCGCCACAUCCUGACCGCCGCCCACUGCAUCAUCUCCCAGCCUGAAUUAAUUGCAGUGCGCCUGGGCGAGCACGACCUGGAGUCGGAGGAGGACUGCCACUAUUUGGGAGGCACCAACCGCGUCUGCCUGCCGCCCUACGAGGAGUACGGCAUAGAGAAGAUACAUGUGCAUCCCAACUACGUUCACGGCCAGAUCAGCUAUGACGUGGCCGUCAUCAAGCUGGAUCGCGAUGUCAAGGAAAAAUCCCACAUUAAGCCCGUGUGCCUGCCCAUCGACCAGCGCUCCCAGGAACUGGACUACGACCAGAGCUUCUUCAUCGCCGGCUGGGGUGGAACCGAGAAGGGCAGUGCCUCCUCCAAGCUGCAGCAGGCCCUGAUCACCCGCAAGAACCUGGACGAGUGCCGGCAGUACUACAACAAGGGCGAGGUGAACGACAACCACAUCUGCGCCACGGGAUCCGGCAUCAAGCACACCUGCCAGGGAGACUCCGGCGGCCCCGUGUUCUUCAAGCACCGCUUCAAGAACACCUACCGAGUGGUCCAGUACGCCGUGGUCUCCUACGGAGGAAGCCACUGCGGGAGGAACCAGAACCAGCCCGGAGUCUUCGCCAGCGUCAUCGACAUGCUUCCCUGGAUCACUCAGAACCUGCAGUAGAACCACUUGACUCCUUGAUUUCAAAGACACUCCUUAUUUAUAUCCCUAUUGCUAAGCUCCCUUGCCAUAGUUACUCUAAUGGAUUCCCUAGCUUUGUAAUUUUAUUUAAUACAUGAUGUAAGCAGCAAUAAUCAAAUGGCAUUUUAAUAACUCAACGGGACCUGCGAAAAGUUAACAUAAUAAAGUGCUUUAAAAAAAAAAAUUAUAAAUAAAUGUUCUUAAAUUAUUAUAUUAAAUAA